AUGAAAUCAAACGGAUUAAAAUGUCUUUACAUCUGCUACUGCUGCUGAUUCCGUUUACAGUGCUCGCUGUCCAAUAUUCCUACAUCAUCGUCAGAGCUGGAGCUGAAGUCACUUUACCUUGUGUCAAUCUGAGAGAUGAUCAUGUGAACUGUGAAGCUACUGAUUGGUUGUUCUCUGAUUCACUAGUAAACCUGUUUGUAAACAGGCAGCUCGACAGAUCUGAGAUUUCCAAAUCUAAAGCAGACAGACUACGUCUUGCUGCAAACUGUUUUCUGGUUAUUAGGGAGGUCACAGCUGAAGAUGCUGGUCACUACACCUGCAGACAGUAUGGCCAGACAGCACAACAAUAUGAAGAUCAUCUGUUUACUGUCUCUGUUGUCAACGUGACUGAGCAGAAGAGAACUGAUGAGGUGACGUUGAGCUGCUCUCUGUCACCAUCUGGAACCUGCAGGGAAGUGAAGUGGCUGUUUAUGAAUAUGGAUGUGACUGAAAACAACAAAGACCUGAAGACAUCACAGUCUUCCUGCUCGGCCACUGUGAGCUUCUCAAAAUCCCAUUUUGAUCACCAGAUGAAGAACUAUAGCUCAUUAACAUGUAAAGUGGAUGAUGAACGAACCAGCUCCAGGAAACAAAGAGAUGACAACAGGUACUGA